UCCUAUUUCAUUUCUCACAGCCUUUUAGGUCUUCGAGUUUCUCAACAAUUCCUCACUAGUUCAGUGGUACUUACAGGAAAAAUCGUCCCGAAGCAAAUUAAUGGAGAGAUUAGUGGUAUUUCCUUCUAGUUCUUGUUUACUAACUUCUGUUCUGAACCCCAAAACAUACCCUUCUUUUUUUUCUUCUCAACUGCUCACAGUGUCAUUUCUCCCCAAAGCAAAACCCCUUUUGUCCUUUCAACCUAAGAAGAAGCAAAACCCAUCUUGGAAUCUGUAUGUAAGUUAUGAAGUUGGUGGUGGAUUUCCUGAAGAAGAUUUUGGUGGAGUGAAAACACUAGAAAAUGCUGAGAAACAAGACCCUGAAUAUUAUAAAGCUCUUCUUGAUGGUGGUGAACAAGUUACUUCUGUUCUUGAAGAAAUGAUUAAGCUAUUGGAAGACAUGAAUAUGAAUGAAGCAUCUGAGGAGGUGGCUGUUGAGAUAGCUGCACAAGGAGUUAUUGGCAAGAGAGUUGAUCAAAUGGAGUCUGGGUUUAUGAUGGCUCUUGAUUACAUGAUCCAACUGGCAGAGAAAGACGAUGAUGACCAGCGCAAGUCACUCUUGGAGGUUAUCAAGCAGACAGUGUUAUCUCAUCUUACCAAAAAGUGCCCCCCACAUGUUCAAGUGAUUGGUCUACUCUGUCGAACACCCAAAAAAGAAAGCAGACAUGAAUUGCUACGCCGAGUGGCUGCUGGAGGUGGUGUCUUUCAAACUGGGAAUGAUGGUACGAAAGUGCAACUUCCAGGGGCAAAUUUAAAUGACAUAGCAAACCAGGCUGAUGAUUUACUAGAGACAAUGGAAUCUAGGCCCGUUGUUCCUGAUAGAAAACUACUUGCAAGGCUUGUUCUGAUCAGAGAAGAGGCUCGGAAUAUGAUGGGAGGUGGUAUUCUAGAUGAAAGGAAUGACCGGGGUUUCACAACCCUCCCCGAAGCAGAGGUUAACUUUCUGACAAAGCUAGUUGCUUUGAGACCUGGGAAAACUGUUGAAGAGAUGAUUAGGAAUGUAAUGCUAGGAAAAGAUGAAGGUGAAGACAAAAGUGACGAGGAUGACAAAACCAAUACAGAGAAGAUACCUGGUGGGAUUACUGGAAGGGCUAGUGUUUCUGGACGCACACCACUUCCUGUACGACCUGGCAUGUUUCUGGAGUCUGUUUCCAAGGUCCUUGGUGGCAUCUAUUCUGGAAAUGUUUCCGGCAUCACAGCUCAACACCUUGAAUGGGUUCAUCAGAAGACACUCCUAAUUCUUCAGGAAAUAGCUUUCUAGUGGAGACUUCCAUAGAUGCACCAUUCUUGGUUUUCUCAUCAGUUGUUACCCGCUGCAGCCCUUCCAGACAUGAAUUGCUAAGAUCAAAUCUCCGAUGAACGAGAGAGGAACUAUCUUCCUUAUCUAGUUUGUCAAGUACGGAAGUCAAGUAAAGAAGUUCUGAACUGAAAACAAGAGCGAAAGGGUGAAGACUAAGAGAUCUACUGGCCACAUCCUUAGCAUCGUGAAAUAUAAGCUAUACUAACUAAAAUCAAAGCGACCACCUGCACUCUCUAAAGGUUGAAGAAAAAUGAAGUUUAUAAAAUUCUUCAGUUGUUCAGAGCCAGAAACAUUUGAACUGCCGCUCUGAUUAAACUAGCAAGUUCUGCCUGUAAAAUCUCCACACUGCAAAGGUCAAACCACACAAACAACUUCAAGGUAAUUACACCUUCAGGGUGGUGUGGCUCACUGAUCUCAUCUACCAGUUAUCUGUGUUUUGAUCUGGUCUUGACAUUCUUAUAGUUUGCAAGGUUCGAACUUCAAACAACUCUUGUCCCAAUUAUAAAGAGCUUUCUCUUCUCAGAUUUGUAGUAUUGACACGCC